AGAAAUAAAACAAAAAAGGUUCCUUUUUAUCUCCACCGCCGAUCGUUCCAUCGUACGGCCGAGAAAAUUCUCGGCGCUCCCUGGUAUGGUACCCCGUUUCCUUUGGAAGCCUAGCAAAUUCACCACUCCCCCCGAUCGAGACUCUGGAGCGCAGAGACGGCAGAGAGCACAGUAGCCAAGCGAGUGGAGGAGAGUUGGAGACUCAUCACUGGAGAGCAUCCGAAGCCGCCCAGUGCUCGCACAACCGCUCCCGAUUCCCAACCCCUCCGUCCGCCCAAGGGGCGCCGCACCAUCUCCAGCCUCCAGGCCUCGAUCCCUACCGGACCCCGUGGCCCUGCUGUGUUAUCUGGCUGGAGAUCCGGCCGGAGUGGCAUUCCUGCUCUCGGUCAAUAAGUAUUCUGGAAUGUUUUUCCGAGCUCAAAUAGAGAACUUCUGGAGCUGGAUAUCAGUAUUCUGUUAGGGAUAUGCUCCAACCAAGGGAAGCUGAUGUGCCUGCACUCUUUCUUGUCUUCAUUGUACUUCCCGUGGUAGCUUAUUUUCUUCUUGGGAGAUGGCAUGACUCUGCAAGUAAGAAGGCAAGGGCAAGUGUGCUUGCACAGCGAGCUGCAGAAGAAGCCUAUAGAGAGGAAACGAUGGCGUGCCCAGACAUUAUUCCGCCAGGCCCUUCCUUGAGAACUAUGCCCUAUUUCAAACCUGCGCCUUCGUUAAGACAGGAAUACCAUGAGUGUGCAACUUGCCAUGCCCCUGCAAAGACUCGUUGCUCCAGAUGCAAGUCUGUUAGAUACUGCUCUGGGAAGUGUCAAAUAGUACACUGGAGGCAAGGACAUAAGGAAACAUGCCAAAAAUGGCUUGGUAGUGGUUCUAGCAGCUUUGGUGGAUCUAGCACUGAGGCUACUGAACAGAUGCCGUUCUUGGCUAACUUGAAUUCACCUCUUCCAGGUGGUGACAUUCACUUGCGUGACAUGAACUUCGAUACUUUAUCAGAACCAUCCUUUCCCACAACUGAUGGUUACAAUCUAGAUACUGACCCAUUUCCGGCAGAUAGAAGCAACAUGAAUAGAUCAAAUCAAGGUAUUCAUAUGAGCGAAAAUGGUGCUGUUGGUGUAUCUUUUGAAAAGAAUAAUUAUAAUGCUGCUGAUGAAAUACACUCUUCGGAGAUUUUAUCUGGAAACAAGGUGUCAAACAACUAUUUUGGUUCAGAUGCAAUGAGUGGUAAUGGGGAUGCAACUUAUCCUGCCAAAAGUAAUGCACAGCAGCCUAGCAGUUGUGCUCCUGACGUGAGAAAACAAUCAAAAGCAAGCAUCACAGUUUAUCAGCCUGACAUGAGUGUCUAUUUAACUUCUGACAUGGUCAGUUCUUGUGAGGGAUCAUAUGUUUCUGCCGGUGAGCCACUGCAAAGGAGCUUGUCAUCUGGAAGAACUAUUGGGAAAGUAACUGUGGUGAAUAAAAGGCCUUCUUACCCAUCAAGUAAGGUGGUCUCAGCACAAAAGUCACAGGAUAAGGUGUCUACAUCAUAUCAAAAUGAUGCCCAUGAGAAGAAUCCUUGCAACAAAAAUGACCAAAGAUCUACCCCCACAUGUGAAUCAAGUCAAUCAACAAGCAGCAAUCUACUGAAGUCUGGAACAUCCAAGGUUGAAGUUUUAAAGAAGCCUUCAAAAUUUCUCAAAACCAGCCUUGUGGCAUUGAUCAAUGAUAAUAAGAGGAACAAGGUAUUGUUCCCAUAUGAAGAUAUUGUCAAGUUUUUUCAGUAUGAAGCACGGGGUGUUUCCCCUAGAGGUCUUUUCAAUUGUGGAAACAGCUGCUAUGCUAAUGCUGUUCUUCAAUGUCUCAUGUGCACAAAGCCACUGAUGAUCUACCUUCUUCUGAGAUUGCAUUCUAAAGAUUGUAAUACCAUAAUUUCAAAUAGCUGUCCCCACCCCCUCCUUGAAAUAUUGAUGUGUACUUUAUAUUUCUUUUUAUUUGACCUCAGUUAUUAUUUUAUAGGUUGUUCAAAAAAUUGGUGCCUUAUGUGUGAACUUGAGCAAUAUGCUUCAACUUUACGUGAAAGUGGUGGACCCUUAUCUCCAAGUAGAAUCCUUUCUAAUCUGAGGAAUAUUGGAUGUCGCUUGGGUGGUGGAACUCAGGAAGAUGCCCAUGAGUUUCUAAGGCAUCUUGUGAUGUCUAUGCAAGCAGCUUGCUUGGAUGGGCUGGGUGGUGAGAAGCACGUUGAACCAAGUUUGCAGGAAACAACACUGAUACAACAGAUGUUUGGUGGCCGUCUUAAAUCCAAGGUUAAGUGCCUCAGAUGCUAUCACGAGUCUGAAAGAUAUGAGAAUAUAAUGGAUCUUACUUUGGAGAUUCAUGGCUGGGUAGAGUCCUUGCAAGAUGCUUUGACACAGUUCACUGCUCCUGAAGAUUUAGAUGGUGAUAAUAUGUAUAAAUGUGGAAGGUGUUCUGCCUAUGUUAAAGCUAGGAAGCAACUGAGCGUGCAUGAGGUGCCAAACAUUUUAACAGUUGUUCUUAAAAGAUUUCAGUCAGGAAAAUAUGGCAAGAUCAACAAAUGUGUUACUUUCCCUGAUAUGUUGGACAUGGUUCCCUUCGUGACUGGGUCUGGUGACAAUCCCCCUCUUUAUUUCUUGUACGCCGUGGUUGUACAUGUCGAUACAGAAAAUGCAUCAUUCUCUGGGCACUAUAUAUCAUACGUCAAAGAUAUGCAGGGUACAUGGUUGAGAAUUGAUGAUUCAGAGGUCCAGGUUGUAUCAGUGAAUCAGGUUAUGUCAGAAGGUGCAUACAUGCUUUUCUACUUGAGGUCUUUUCCCCGACCACCAAGGAUAUACAUCGAGAAGGGGCUGCCGGUUACAUCCGCAAAGCGGCACACGUCGAAAUCUUCCAAGGGCUCUAAACACGAUCGCAAGCAGACAGAGUUACUCUUUCCUGCAAACGAUCAGGCAUAUGGCGUCUAUGAUUUCAGACCCGAUGGCGAAGGCUAUGCCCAAGAUCAGCAUGCAGAGCUGAGGUCCAGAGCUUUCCAUCACGCCGACGAUGCCUUUGCAGACUCGGUUAGCGCGGACUUCUCGGAAGCGACAUCAAGUGAAUGGUCGCUGUUUACCAGCUCCGACGAGUCCUCGUUCACCACCGAGAGCACAAGGGAUUCGUUCAGCGUCGUGGACUACGGAGACAACGCCGGCCUGGAUCCGAUUUCCUCCAUAUUCGGGCCAAGCUAUGCUCCGGAGCACGGUGCUCCCGGCAGUUUCGUCUCGCGCACAAGGUUCUCACCUUCCAGUCCACAGACAAGGUACUUCUCGGAGAGCACAGGCUUUGUCUCGGACUCUUCCAUGCCGGCCCACCCCCACGGCAUUGUACAUAGAGGAAGGUAUCCGGAUAGUAGGGCGUGCGCCUCUUCUGCGGAACCGCUUGCGUCGGCGGCGCAUCAGCGGAGCGGGUAUGGCCGGUACCCCCUUAGUCGAGAUGGUUUUGUUCAAACAUCUGGUUUUUGCCAAAUGUAAUCGGCUCACAUUUCAUUAGCUGUAGCUGGUGCAUCGGCAGUUGCGGUUCUUAGCACUGCCGUUAAUGCUGCCUCAUGUUCUUUUAUUUCAGAUGAGGCUUAUUGAAUUUUUAGCUACAUGUCGUUUCUAGGGGUAGCUCGAUUCGAUGUAGCGAAAAAAAGUUAGAUUAUGUCUAUAUGCAGGUGAAAUUUUAGAGCAUGGUGACAAGCUCUGUGGCAACCGUUUUCCAAUGCUAAUCUCGUAACCCUGGCUGCUGC